UUUUAAUCGUUGAAGACUGUGCCCGCAGUGAAUAGCAAACACAACUUCCUGGAUACACCACGCUUUUGCAGUGCUGAAGUAUUAAAAAAAACUAUUAUUCUUUAGCAAGUAUGCCACAGAAUGCCAAAGUUGCAGUGUUUUUUGGGCCAUAUGAAGCUUGUGGUUGUGUAAAACAUUACACAGCACGACUAGAGGGGCUGGAGACUGCUCUAAUGAAAGAAGGACAUGAAGUUGAGUUUGAAGAAAUGAAAGAUCUGAACAGUGUAGAACUUUGGGUGAAUGGGGAACGUAUUUAUACUUGUAAAAUACAAGAUUUGGAUUAUGGAGGUGAUGGAAUUCUGGAUGAGAAUGUACAAAAUGCAGUAAAAGCCGUUGAAAAUGCCUUUUGAGUAUGAAUGUGGUGUUCGUAGAGGACUAUAAACAAUUGCAAUAUGUCCAGUAUGUUUCUUGGUGUUUUUCCUUAAGAGUUUAUUUUUACAUUUAUAUCUGUUAAAAUUUGUAUUCGUCAUGUGAUUCAUAAUUAUUAAAUUCUUUUUGUAUACCACUUUAAGUAUAUAUUCACAUGUUGUAUCUUCACUCAUUGAAACAAAACAUGUGCUUUGAUUAAUUGUAUUUGAUAUAAACUUUGUUUUUUUAUAUCUCUGUAUACUCUAUAGUUCAACUUGUAGUCAGUGUAUUAAGUUUCAUACAUUGUUCAUUCACAUGCAUACGUGUGUAGGUUCAACGUUUUAAAUUCUACAUGUAUAUAUAUCAUUAAACACAUUUAUAAAUCUGUACCACUACUGCUUUUUGCAUACUUUUUGAUAGUCCUACUUCAGUUCAUGGACACAGUUAUUAUACCAGUAAGCUUCAAAUGAUAGUGUUAAAGUUUCCAAACAAUAUUAAAUGGGCCACGUUCUGAUUUGUCAAGUAUAGAUCUAUAUGAACAAAUAAUGAGAGAAAAUCAUUUUGUUGUAAAAUAUAUAUAUAAUUCUAUAAAAAAACUUUGAAAGUAAUGAUUAUACAUUGAAAGAACUGUAUAAAAUAAUUAUAAAAUAAUGUUCAUUACUUGAUUUAUAAGCUACAUAUGUAGGUGUGGGAAGGAUGUCAUAAUUAAAAAUGUUUGUAUAUGCAAAAUUAUUUUUGCCGAGGCAAAAUCGAAUUUUGGCUAUGCAAAAUUAUUUUUGCAUAAUUAUUUUUGCAUAGGCAAUAUUCUAUUUUUUCAGGCAAAAUUUGAUUUCUGCAUAGACAAAAUACUAUGGCUAGUGUAGUACAUAUAUCUUCUGUAUGAUAGUUAUAUGUAUCAACUUAUAUUGUAUUUGAUGUUGAAAGUAGAGAGUGUAAUAUGGGAUUCAAUAUAAAUACUGUAUGUGUGAAAUGUUAUGGUGUUAAUGGAAAUAAAGUCAAUACCACUGAAA